CAUUUUCUCACAGUAAUAAUACAACAGAAGUUUUAUUUUUCCUAUCAUAUUAUAUACGGGAGAUAUAACACAAAGAAUCUUCAAUAACAGAGUUUUCAUUUUAAUGGCCACUUCAAAACUCCAGGCUCUAUGGAAUCAUCCUGCUGGCCCAAAAACAAUUCAUUUCUGGGCACCGACCUUCAAGUGGGGCAUCAGUAUUGCAAAUAUUGCAGACUUCGCUAAACCUCCUGAAAAGAUUUCAUUACCUCAACAAAUAGCGGUUACAGCAACUGGACUUAUAUGGUCUCGCUAUAGUUUGGUAAUUACUCCGAAAAACUGGAAUCUCUUUAGCGUAAAUGUUGCAAUGGCUGGGACAGGCAUGUACCAGCUUUCACGAAAAAUCCAGCAUGAAUAUUUUAACGAGGAGCAACAACCUGCGCUAGCUAAAGAAUGAUGAUGAAAGUUGUGAUUGAUUAGUCAGGAUUAUCGAAUUCCUGAGCAUUUGCUCUUCUAUGCAAUUUGAUGUUUUAGUUCUACUACUUUAUACUUCUUGUGAUGCUUACCACUGGUGAUUUGAUAAGUGAUUGGGUGAAUAAUCACAGUUGGUAAUUCAUUUGUCUCAAAUUACUCUAAGCUUUGACUAUAUGAAUCUUUUACGCUCAUUCUAGA